AUGAAGGAGCAGCUGAGUGUACUCGUCACUUUUGUUGGCUGUGUAAAACGGCCAGGAGGGGUACUACGGAUGAGCUAUGCCAAGGAAGCAGGUUGGUCUCACUUUCUUCAUUGGGAAUGGAAAUGGCAGCCGAGGGAUGCAGGGAGAAGGCCACUGGAUGAUGGUGGGAUUAUUGUUAUUGUAAUUAUGAAAUGGAAGGCAUAUGGGGUAAAAGAAGAGUUGUUAGGUGGUUAUGCUUAUGGGGAGUUUGUCUACUGGAGAAAGUUUGCAUGGGAGGAAUUGAUGACUAUGAGAAUCAUGGAGGGAAGGUGGGGAAGGAAGAUUGAAGGGCACGAGAUCCGUGGCCAUUGGGAGGGAACGAAGCUGGACUCCAUUUUCUUGGCACUGGCAAUGAGGAAGGGAUGGAAGUGUGGAAUAAUUGGGAAAAUAUUGGAGGAGCGCCAUCUGAUUGUAAUUAACGUGAGAGAGGGAAGAAGUGUUAUGCGAGGAGUGAGGGAAGACUUGAUACGGAGUCGAGCUUCAAACUGGGGCAGAAGAGCAACAAGGGAGUAA